AUGGCCACGUUUCCUUCCAUCGAGAAACUGUCCAAGGCCAAGUCCGAUGCCAGAGGUCUGAAGGCAGUCAUUCGCUUCCAAAGCAGCCAUGAAGCCGUCGACUUCGUCUUCGCCGGGUCUGGCGUGAGCGAGGUCCGACAAUCCCAGGGAGAGGCAGCCGUGACGCUCGCGGCAAGCGAUGAUUUCUGGUCCACGGCAUUUCAGCUUCAGGAAAGCGGGAGACCGUGGCCCGGCUAUGAGAGUCUCACCAUGGGCCAGACCACGGGCCUGACGACGACCGGCGACUUCAUCGGGGUCAUCGCGCCUCACUCUUUGGCACUCCAGAGGCUGUUCUUCGUCUUUGUACAGGCUGUCCGGCCCCUGAACCGUCGGCCAUUUGUCGAAACAUUCCGCGACAGCGACAAUGCCGUCGGUCGCUACGUGUGGGUCAAGGCCCACGGCCAGGAGGCGCGCAUGUACUACGAGGAGGCUGGGACCGGGACGACUGCGCUACUUUGUCAAGCGACCGCCGGUGCCGACAGUCGCCAGUAUCGCUAUCUCCUCGCGGAUCCUGAAGUACAGAAACGCUUCCGCAUCAUCGCCUACGACUUGCCGUACCACGGCAGAUCGUUGCCCCCUUCCGGUGACCGCUGGUGGGAGAAGAUUUACAGCCCGGACCUGGAGUACCUGAUGAACUGGGUGGUGGCGUUCUCAGACGCCCUGGAACUAGAGCAGCCAUUCUUCAUGGGCUGUUCCGUCGGCGCUUCUCCGACGACCUCUUUUCGCACGCCGUCCAUCUCGCCCCACCUCUUCUCGGCCAACAUGAUCGGCGCGUCGGGCCCGAUAGCCCCGGAGGCCAACGUCCACGAAGUGCAAUGGAUAUAUGCCAGCAACUACCCGGGCGUCUAUGCCGGCGACAACGACUAUUUUGCGCGCGGGCAGGAUCUCAAGCGCAACGGACACAAGAUUCACCAGGGCACGAAGCCGGUGUUCCUACUGUGUGGCGAGUACGACCACGCCGCUCACGACCAGGAGCACGGCGCGCCCGCGGUGGUGCUCUCUGAAUGGACAACAACCGCGCUUCGAGACAGCCAGGACGUCACCAAUGUUGCUCAGUUUCGCAAGCAUCUCUACCGAGAUGACGAUGUCAUGGCUUUGAAAGGUACUCUGAGAUUACCCAACAUGCCUGGUACGGUCAAAGCACAUAGAGUCAGGAGGAUCGUCUCACGUCUCACAAGUGCAUAG